AUGUCUACUAUGGUGCGGAUAAUAAUUAAUAAUUCUGGUAUGAUCCAUCGAGGAACCUUGGCCAACCACUUGGCCAGGACAAAGCUGAACCCCACGUCGCGACUUGGCCAAGAUAGGCUGGAGACGCGCCCAAGUCUCAACCUACGACUCUGCGAGCUCGUGCGCGCGCCACCGAGCUAUCUUGGGGAGAUUUCGUACCGUGGUCGGAUGGUGGCGGGACCGAGGGAUCUAAAUUGCACCGUGAACGGUGACGCCGUGAUAAAUAUCGACAAGGACACGACAAUCUGGGGGCAUUCAUCGGGUGGUGGGCGAAGGAGGGAGGACUCAGAGGCCUUCUUCAUUUUCACAUCACCCUCACGGAAGACAGUUACGAAUAGUUUUUUCAGGACAUAUUUCAUGCGGAUCCUAUGGGGAGGAUGUGCAGCUGAGCCGAUGGUAUCCACAUUCAUAGCAUCGAGUACGACCACCCAGACGUUUGUAAUGAGGAAGUGUAAUCUAGCGGCGUAUUUAGGAAGCAUGGCUGUCAUGGUUCCGCACAUUUCCAGAACUCUGGAACAAUUGGGCUUAGAUGUGCCUCUCUGCCCUCUCCGUAUUCGUCUGGCCAGAGAUCCGAUCAAUUCUCCUACAUGCGAGAAUAAGGAGAAAAAUCCUCUUGCUGGAAAAUGGCUCCUAGAGAUAUAUGAGAAUGCAUGCCUUCAAAAUGCCUGA